AGGAGAGUGGCAGUAGUGGGUGCAGGUGUGAGUGGGCUGACAGCCACCAAGUGCUGCCUGGAAGAGGGGCUGGAGCCCACCUGCUUCGAGCAGAGCGAGGACAUUGGGGGUGUCUGGCGCUACACGGAGCACAUUGAGGCCGGCCGGCCAAGCCUCUACCCGUCGGUCAUCAGCAACACCUCAAAGGAGAUGUCAGCGUUCUCCGACUUCCCCUACCCUGAGGACUUCCCAGUGUUCCUGCCCAAUGCCCAGCUUCUGGACUACCUCCAGCGCUAUGCCGAGCGCUUCGGCCUGCGGAAGCACAUAAAAUUUGGAACAGCCGUAAUCAGCAUCCGGAAACACCCUGACUUUGCCACCACGGGCCAGUGGGAUGUGGUCACAGAGGCAGAUGGGAAGCAGACGUCGUAUGUCUUCGAUGCCGUUAUGGUUUGCAGUGGCAAUUUCUCUGAGCCGUCCCUCCCCCUGCACUGCUUUCCUGGCAUCAAGAAAUUUCAAGGGCAGUACUUUCACAGCCGGCAGUACAAGCAUCCUGACGUGUUUCGGGGGAAGCGCGUCCUCGUGGUCGGCAUGGGCAAUUCAGGAGUAGAUAUCGCAGUGGAGGCCAGCCGCAUAGCCAAAAAGGUGACCAUUAGCACCGGCCGAGGUGCCUGGCUGCUCAGCCGUGUGUUUGACCAGGGUUACCCAUGGGACAUGGUUUUCAACACUCGCCUUCGGAGCCUGAUCAGAAACAGCCUUCCUGGACCCCUUUCACGGGCAUUGAUUAACUACAGGCUUAACCAGAGGUUCAAUCAUGAAAACUAUGGCCUUCAACCAGAGAAGAGCUGCCUCAUGCGUGAGCCCGUGCUGAAUGAUGACCUUCCAAGCUACAUCCUGACAGGAAGGAUCACCAUCAAGCCAGGCAUCAAGGAGUUCAAGAACAAUUCAGUUAUUUUCCACAAGUGCCCUGAGGAGGAGCCCAUUGAUAUUGUUAUCUUCUGUACAGGCUACAAUGUCUCCUUCCCAUUCCUAGAAGAAGCAGACGUCAAGGUGGAAAACAACCAUGCAUCCCUCUACAGAUAUGUAUUCCCAACCCACUUGCAGAGGCCUACCCUAGCUGUCAUUGGGCUAAUCAAGACAUUAGGAGCCAUGAUGCCCGUGACUGAGAUGCAAGCACGCUGGGUGACUCGUGUCUUCAAAGGCUUGUGUCAGUUGCCUCCUCAGUCUGUCAUGGAGAAAGAAGUAAACAAAGUGAAGAAAAACCAAGUACGAAGGUUCGGUCUGUCCUUUGAUGAAGUCCUCAAAACCGAAUGGCUGGUCUACAUGGACGAGCUUGCUUCCUUCAUUGGUGCCAAGCCCAGUGUGCUGAGGUUGCUCUGCAGAGAUCCUCAGCUGGCCCUCACCAUUUUCUUUGGCCCCUGCACCCCCUACCAGUACCGGCUGGGGGGCCCUGGCCACUGGGAGGGAGCACGCCAGGCCAUCCUCACCCAGUGGGACCGGACCCUGAAGCCCACGAGAACACGAGUCCCUGCUGGUUCUUACAGCCUAUGCCCUUCUCUCCUGACUGUGAUGGGGUUUCUCCUUCUCUUGGCUGCCCUGAUUUUUAGUUUCCAGUAG